AUGGUCGACAUUGACAAUCUAAGAAAACAGAGAAGUUACAUUAAAGGCAAGCUGACCAGGAUUGAGCAAUCGGUAGCACGCCCUCAGGAACAAGCAACAACGACAAUUGACAAGGAGGAAGCAGAGGUUCGCUUGGAACGACUCGAACAGGUAAUCAAUGAAUUUCAUACAGUGCAACGACAGAUUAUCAGUGAGACUGACGAGCCAUUGGUAUGCGACGUCACGGCGGAAGCUGAAUUCGAGGAGAGAAGCUUAGCCGCGAAAGCAAUAUUACGACGAAUCAUAAAAUCGUCAAGGACCGAGAACAAUGAAACAAGGACGACAGAAAGCGAUAGCGUACUUGUGCAGUUUUUACAGAAACAGAUGACGAUGAUGGAGAAAUACGAGGUGAGCGGAACCGCGCAGGCGCAGGCAUCUUCCGUAGUACGACUGGAAGACAACGGCCCAUUGGGAACCUUGUUGCAGACACAAACCGAGCUACUACAGCGCCUUACCGAUAAUUCCGAAGAUGGCGUCACUAGUGGAAAUCGAGUCAAGUUACCGACCAUCAAGUUACCCUCAUUUGAUGGUAAAAUUGAAGAGUGGACGAAAUUCGCAGACGUAUUUAAGAAAACGAUUCACAGUAAUCGAGUGUUACCGAACAUACAAAAGUUCAUUUAUUUACGUUCCUGUGUUACGGGAGCGGCCGCACGGGCGAUCGAAGACAUCGAGCUGUCCGACGACAAUUAUUCAGUUGCCUGGGAACAACUACAAAAACGAUUCGAAGACUCAGGUGCCAUAAAGCGGAAACACGUGCAAUGUUUGUUUGAAAUACCAUUGGUCGAGAAAGAGUCCGCCAACGCUAUUCUACAGUUGGUCGAUCACGUUAACAAACACACUAGAGUGUUGAAGAGAUUAGGUUCACCUACUGACUCAUGGGGUGAUCUACUGCAAUAUAUGGUGGAAAGUAAGCUAGAUCGGAUAACCCUGCGAGCAUGGGAAGAACGAAAUAGUAUCAAGGCUGCCGAAAACGAAGCUAACGAACAAGAAUCCAAUUUCGACGUUUUAAUGGAAUUUUUAAUACAACGAUGUCAUGCGUUAGAACGCAUAGAUAGUAGCAAGACAAACAGUAAUGUUCACCAGAGCAGUUACAAGAAUCAAGGUCAACGGUCAAAUGUCAAGGGCAAUCAACCCAAGAACAACGCAACGGAUAACGUCAUUAACAAGUUCAAUAUCUACAUGUUACUUAUACAGAAUUGCAAACACGGCUCAUGUCGAGAAUGCACAGGCAGACACAACACCCUGUUGCAUCGCACGAAGACACAAGCAACUACGAGCACGGCAACAACGAGCGUAGCAACGGAACCAACGGCCAUGGACGAGUCUACAAGGACAACCUGUUAUUCGUCAAGCACAGCCCGGCACAACGUACUCAUGGCCACAGCAAUCGUUGACGCAGUCAACCAGAAAAGAUUCAGUUUUCCAAUUCGCGUACUGCUAGAUAGUGGAAGUGAAGCUAACUUUAUUACGCAAAACGUGUGCAAUAAAUUAGGGUUGAAACGGAAUGCAGCUUCAGAGAUCGUUGCAGGCGUAAACAAUGCAGAAUGUCAAGUCCGUCAAUUUACUAAUGUCAUUAUAAAGUCGAGACAUGCUAAGUUUCAAAUUAAUACACAAUGUUUAGUUAUUCCAAAAAUAACUCGAGAUUUGCCUUCUAAGGAAAUAGACAAAGAACUAUUGAAUAUUCCGUCAAAUUUGCAAUUAGCCGAUUUCGAGUUUAACAAACGCAGUUCUAUUGACCUGCUCAUCGGAGCAGAAUUUUUCUUCGAGAUAUUAGAAAGCGGUAAAAUUAAGUUAGACAAUAAUAAGUUAGUUUUACAGAAUACCAAGUUUGGCUGGGUGGUAGCAGGCCCCAUUUACAGAAGUGCAUGUAUCGAUACCAAGUCAACAGAAAUUGUAAACGCUUUACAUUGUACAUUGAUAGAGGACGAGAGUCUAAACGAUACCUUGAAGCAAUUUUGGGAGAUAGAAAGCUGUACAGACGCCUCUAAGAAUACUUGGUCACCCGAGGAGGUAAGAUGCGAAAGGUUGUAUCAGGACACAACGACGCGAGACAGUCAAGGUCGAUUUGUUGUAAGCUUACCAUUUAAGUCGAGUAACAUGAAUAUCGGUGAGACACGAAGCGGAGCACUCAAACGAUUGUAUCAAAUCGAGCGACGUUUUAAAAACGACAAGGUAUAUCACGAGCGUUAUAUACACUUUAUGCGAGAAUACUUAGAUUUACAACACAUGUCAUUAGUCGACACGUGCAACAUUGAUAACGAAAAACAAAUUGUAUAUUUGCCCCAUCAUGGCGUGAUUAAGGAAUCAAGUUCGACCACUAAGUUGCGUGUGGUUUUUGACGCGUCUCAUAAAGGUAGCUCAGGUAAUUCUUUAAAUGACAGAUUGAUAACUGGACCAAUUUUGCAGGACAGUUUAAUACAGAUACUAUUACGAUUCAGAUUUCACAACAUAGCAAUUAUCGGAAACUUAGAGAAAAUGUUUAGACAAAUAUUAGUUCGCGAUUGUGAUCGAGACUAUCAAAGAAUUUUAUGGAGAUUUUCAACAAGCGAGCCAGUUCGAGAGUAUAAACUUAACACCGUAACCUAUGGCCAGGCUGGCGCGUCGUAUCUAGCCAUCAGGAGCGUGCGACAGUUAGCCGAGGAAGGUAAAGACACAUUUCCUUUAGCUGCAGAUUGUAUAUCAAACGACGUAUAUGUUGAUGACAUUGUUAGUGGAGCGCGAGACGUGAAUGAAGCCAAGACUUUACAAAACCAGUUAAAUGAGCUAAUGAACAAAGGAUGUUUCAAGAUUCACAAGUGGCAUUCGAACGUACCAGAGAUUUUUCGCAAUACGAAUAAUCACGAAAAUACAGCAAGCGUAGAUUUAAAAUUUAAUGAUAACAUAAAAACUUUGGGUUUAGUCUGGGAGCCUAAUACGGACGUUUUCGUAUUCACAUUAAAUUUGUUUAAGGAAGUCCGUACCAAAAGAGAGCUACUAUCGGAAAUUAGUAAACUAUUUGAUCCCUUGGGACUUUUAGGUCCAAUCAUAACAUUCGCUAAAUUGCUUAUGCAGGAGACAUGGAAGGAGAAGAUCGAUUGGGAUUCUGAAUUACCCGCAACUCUCUUGAAUAAAUGGAAAAGAUUCAAGGACGAAUUGACAAAUUCGACUAUUCUACGUAUACCACGUAAGAUAUCAAGCGAAUAUAUCUCAAACGAUUUAAUUCUAUACGGGUUUUGCGACGCAUCUCAAGAUGCGUAUGGAGCUUGUAUCUACGUCAAGGUUUUAGUUAACAAUAAACAAACUAUACGAUUAUUAUGUUCGAAAUCACGCAUCGCCCCUAUCAAAACAAUCUCAAUACCACGUUUAGAACUAUGUAGUGCAGUAUUGUUGGCGCGUUUAUUAGAGCAAGUAAAGCAAGCGUGCAAGAUUGAGUUUCGUAAAAUCUUCGCGUAUACGGAUUCUUUAACCACCUUGUACUGGAUAAAGGGUGAUCCAUCGCGUUGGAAAACAUUCGUUGCUAACCGCGUUUCCGAAAUAACCAGUAUUCUAACAGCUGAAGCAUGGGCACAUGUCAAGAGUGAAGAUAAUCCCGCGGAUUUAUUGUCAAGAGGAGCAUUUUCCAAUGCGCUUCAAACUUGCGAGUUGUGGUGGCAAGGUCCUGCAUGGAUGUCCAAUGAUUCAGCAAGCUGUCAAACUCAGGACGCUGUCGCGAAUGAACAUUCGAUCGAAACAAACGAAAUAAAGACGGAAGAAAGGAAACCUAAUUCUUCUUGUCAUCAUACUAUUAUACAGGAUUGCAUCUAUCAGAGGCUCUAUCAUAGAAUGUCUGAUCUAAACAAAAUAGAGCGAGUAUUGGCAUAUUGCCUUCGAUUUAUUUCCAGAUGUAAGCGUAUCUCCAUGAAACAAGCAGAAGCAUUGAGUGUGACUGAAAUCGAAGCGGCGAGAUCAUAUUUAAUAAGAAAUGCACAAGACAAGGCAUUUCACGAAGAAAUUCUGACUUUGCAGCAAUCAAAGUGUGUGAAGUCAUCUAGUAAAUUACUGACAUUGCAUCCAUUCUUAGACAAAGAUGUAUUACGUGUGGGUGGUCGAUUGAGACACGCACCAUUGUCCUAUAACCAAAGGCAUCCGAUUUUAUUACCGUCAGAUCAUAUAUUGACAAAACUGAUAAUCAAACGAGAGCAUGAACGUCUUUUGCAUUCGGGACCACAAGCCCUCCUGGCGGCCGUACGUAGAAAAUAUUGGCCCCUACGGGGAAGAGAUGCCGUGCGAAAAAUCUAUCAUUCGUGUGUGUGGUGUACACGCAAGAGCCCUCACGCAUCCCUACAGCUGGGCGACCUUCCAGUUGAUCGUGUCACACCUAUGCGACCUUUCUUCAAUUGCGGUAUAGAUUUCGCUGGGCCUAUUAUCACAUUGGUAAACAAGGGCCGAGGUCGUAAAACUAACAAAAGUUACAUCGCACUAUUUAUCUGCUUUGCAACCAAAGCUAUACAUCUUGAAGCUGUCACUGAGUUGAGCGCUCAGAGAGAGAUUAACGAGGUAUAUAGAUUCCUACAAGGACAAGUCAAGGGACCCGUGCAACACAGUCUAGUAACUCAAGGAAUCCAAUGGAAUUUUAUUCCCCCGUAUUCUCCUCAUAUUGGUGGAUUAUGGGAAGCUGGUGUGAAGUCAUGCAAGAAUUUGUUAAGGACCGUUUUAGGCAAUACGUCCUUCACCUUUGAAGAACUACACACUGCACUUACUCAAGUUGAAGCUUGUCUGAAUUCCCGUCCAUUAUACGCAUCAUCAAACGAUCCAGCGGAUUUGGAACCGCUGACGCCAGGGCAUUUCCUGAUAGGUGGACCGAUUACCUAUCUUCCUGAAGCUGAUCUCAAGGACAUAAAUAUUCAUCGACUAAACCGAUGGCAAGUGGUACAACGAACAUUUCAGGAUUUCUGGAAACGGUUGGCGACGGAAUACGUCAGCUCCUUACAAGGCCGUACUAAAUGGAACAGAACUCAAAGGAAUCUCGAAAUAGGUGAUUUAGUUAUUAUUCGAGAAGAACACACUCCGCCUUAUCAGUGGAAAUUAGGUAGGAUCGCCGAAUUGCAUCAAGGUCAGGAUAAACUCAUUAGGGUUGUGUCCGUCAAAACUAUUCGCGGCGUGACCAAGUACCCAGUAAAUAAACUAUGUAAACUACCCGUCAAUAAGGAAGAUAAAGAUUAUUAUUAA